AGGGUACGGCGCAGGGCAGGGACAGGGUGCGCGGGCAUGAAGUUGGAGGUGUUUGGCCCCCGCCCGGCCCACGGGGACAAGCCAGGUAGUGAUCUGGAGGGUGCAGGCGGCAGCAACGCGCCAUCUCCGCUGUCGGCAGCUGGCGACGACUCCUUGGGCUCGGACGGGGACUGUGCGGCCAACAGCCCCGCGGCGGGCAGCGGCGCCGGGGAGCUGGCGGGCGGUGGCGAGCGGAGCGCAGGCGGCGGGCCGGGCACAGAGGAGGAGGGCCCGGCGGCGGCGGCGGCGGCGGCAGCGGCGGCGGCGGGGCACGCGGAGGCCUGCACGGCGGGCCCCGGGGCGGGGAGUGCUGGGGGCGGCGAGGGCGCGCGCAGCAAGCCAUACACUCGGCGGCCCAAGCCCCCGUAUUCAUACAUCGCGCUCAUCGCCAUGGCUAUCCGCGACUCAGCAGGCGGGCGCCUGACGCUGGCCGAGAUCAACGAGUACCUCAUGGGCAAGUUCCCCUUCUUCCGCGGCAGCUACACGGGCUGGCGCAACUCAGUGCGCCACAACCUCUCGCUCAACGACUGCUUCGUCAAGGUGCUGCGCGACCCCUCGCGGCCCUGGGGUAAGGACAACUACUGGAUGCUCAACCCGAACAGCGAGUACACCUUCGCCGACGGGGUCUUCCGCCGCCGCCGCAAGCGCCUCAGCCACCGGGCGGCGGCCCCAGCACCAGGGCUUCCGCCCGAGGAGGCCGCGGCCCACCCCACCGCCGCGCCCCCGCCGCCCGCGCCCGCCACCCCGGCUUCUCCCCGCGCGCGCUCGCCCGCCCGCCAGGAGGGGCGCUCCAGCCCUGCGGGCAAGUUCUCCAGCUCCUUCGCCAUAGACAGCAUCCUCAGCAAACCCUUCCGCAGCCGCCGCGACGGGGAAGCGGCCCCCGGGGCGCGGCUGCCAUGGGGAGCCUCGCCCUGUCCGCCGCUGCCCACAUAUUCCGCGCUACUCCCCGGCGCCUCCGGAGGGGCUCUACUGCCGCUGUGCGCUUACGGUGCGACCGAGCCGGCGCUGCUGGGCGCGCGCGGAGCCGACGCGCAGCCAGCCGUGCAGCCCGCCGUGCCACCCGCCGUGCCACCCGCCGCACCUCACCUCCUGCUCGCGCCCCUCUCCGCCUCGGCCCCAACCAAGCCAUUUCGAGGCCCGGCGGCCGGCGGCGGCUCGCACCUGUACUGCCCCCUGCGGCUGCCCGCGGCCCUGCAGGCGUCCUCGUCCUGUGGCCCCGGCCCGCACCUGCCUUACCCAGUGGAGACGCUCCUGGCCUGAGCAGCGCCGCGGAGCCAGGCAAGGGUGGGCGCCGUCGGGGAGGCAGGAAACGCAGGCCAGGGCUUUGCAUUUUCUAGCCAGACAAAAAAAGACGUUAAAAAAAAAUCUCCAUCAAACGUGCCUUAAAGCUAAAGUAUUUUUGACAGAGUGUUUUAAUUUAAUUCAGAAUAUUUUCGUUUUUCUUUUGUGACUUUACAGAAGACCAAACCAAUUCUCCAUAAUUGCUUUAGGUUCUUGACCAAGCCUGUCCCUCCCUCACUUCACAAAGACUUUGCCUAUCUUCUUACUCCCCCUUACUCCUAUUUUUGUCGCACCCUCCAUUGACUUGUCCCUUAAAAAAAAAUCAGGGAAACAUUCCAUAUGAUAAAUGAUAUGACUACUGUUCCGGGUUUAAUGGCCCUCGCUCCAUGUAAGUAUGUGGCAUUUACAGGCAUGACUGAGUGUGAGAGAGGUGUCAGAGAAUCUUCAGUCAUUUCUCUGCUAUUGACCAAUGCUUCACUGUGCCAAAAGAUAAAAAAAAAAAAAAGUUGGGUUUUGUAAUUAAAUUAUUUAUAUAUUUUUGAGACCUGAGUUGAAAAUGUUGCAGGCAACGGGCUACAGCUUUAUUAGUGGUUCGGUGAUCUCUAACUGUGGUCUCCUUGGGCCAAGCAAUUUCUUUAAAGGAAAAGUUAGCAUUAUGUAUGUGGGGUGCCAGGACCACUGCCACGUGAAAGCAAGCGUGAUUUUUAUUUUUAAUAUUAUUUUAUUUGUGUCUGUACAUAUUCAUGUAUAAAUUUUAUGAAACCCAGGCAUAGUGCUUAUUUUUAAUAAAAUUCACAACUGACUUUA